UCAUGGUUAUCAGAAAGGGUCAUGCUGAAAGGGAUGGAAGACUAGGACUUAUCAGCAGGCUUCUGCAACUCCUCUUGCCAACCUUGCAAGAACCAGUGCCCCUGGCAAGGUUGGAAAACCAGCCACACACAGGUUCCGUUCCCAAGUUCACAAAUGGCAAUGAAUAAGGGACGAGUUCUCUUACAUUGAGUGGGUGCAGAGGAAGAGUUGGGCAAAGGCAUUCUGUUAUACUGAGGGCAUCCCAAGUAGGAGACCAAGGGGGGGCAGUCUCUACCCUGAUAACUCAUAUUUACACAUUUAGAGAUUUCAACGUUUAAAUAGUAUCUAAUCCUUGGAAAGAUGGGAUAAGAGGCAAAUUGUGAAAUAUUGAAGACGAGGGGGAAAGUGCUUUCUGUGAGGAAAGGAGCUGUGAAAAAGCUCCAGAAGACCCUUGUGUGGGAGUGUGUAGCCGAUUAUACUUUGCUGUGUUCAGCUUGCCUCGGAAGCAGCCAGAACUAGAAACUUGAUCUUCCAUUUUUGAGAGAGAAAAAUGGGAUUCUGAGAAACCUAAUAGAUGCCUUGGAGGUUGCGCUACACAAGUCGCACUUUGUGAUCUGAGGCCGUGCAGUAAAUGGAGCUUUUUGAUAUUGUAAGCGGCCUGUUGUAAUUGCAGUGCUAGCUGAAGGACCUUUCCAUGUGUGGAAUCAGAUCAGAUGGUCUCUUUGCGUUCAUUGUAAAUACUGUUAAGUGUCCCAGUUCCCAAAGUCACCCCAGGUGGGGAAGUUUCCAUCAGUCCCAGCUGUGGACAAAAGACUAUUCUGCUCAGAAAUCGUCCAUGAGGACCUCAAGAUGGGUUCAGAUGGUGAGAGUGACCAGGCAUCAGGGACGUCGUCUGACGAGGUGCAAUCUCCUGUCCGAGUACGCAUGCGCAACAACCCAGCGCGCAAAAUCUCCACUGAGGACAUUAACAAGCGUCUGUCACUCCCUGCUGACAUCCGACUGCCUGAAGGCUACCUGGAGAAAUUGACCCUCAACAGCCCCCUCUUUGACAAGCCAUUGAGCCGACGGUUACGGAGAGUCUCUUUGUCAGAGAUUGGUUUUGGGAAGCUCGAGACGUACGUCAAGCUGGACAAGCUGGGAGAGGGAACAUACGCCACUGUAUAUAAGGGCAAGAGUAAACUCACUGACAACCUGGUAGCCUUGAAGGAGAUCCGUCUUGAGCAUGAAGAGGGAGCCCCCUGCACAGCCAUCCGGGAAGUUUCACUUCUAAAAGAUUUGAAACAUGCCAACAUAGUGACCCUGCAUGAUAUCAUCCAUACAGAAAAGUCCCUCACACUUGUCUUUGAGUAUUUAGAUAAAGACCUGAAACAGUAUCUAGAUGAUUGUGGCAAUGUAAUCAAUAUGCACAAUGUGAAGCUGUUCCUGUUCCAGCUGCUACGUGGCCUCGCCUACUGCCACUCUCAGAAGGUGCUGCACCGGGACCUCAAGCCCCAGAAUUUGCUAAUUAACGAGCGAGGAGAACUCAAACUUGCAGAUUUUGGAUUGGCCCGGGCAAAAUCCAUUCCCACCAAAACUUACUCCAAUGAGGUGGUGACACUUUGGUACCGGCCACCUGAUAUCCUGCUGGGCUCCACAGAAUACUCCACACAGAUUGACAUGUGGGGAGUGGGCUGCAUUUUCUAUGAGAUGUCCACAGGACGGCCGCUCUUCCCAGGCUCCACAGUUGAGGAGCAGCUGCACUUCAUUUUUCGGAUAUUGGGGACGCCUAACGAAGAGACGUGGCCUGGAAUCCUGUCCAAUGAAGAAUUCCGAGCCUACAAUUACCCCAAGUACCGUCCCGAGGCCCUGAUUAACCAUGCCCCCAGGCUGGACAACGAUGGGGCAGACCUCCUAGGGAAGUUGCUGCAGUUCGAGGGCAGGAAGCGGAUCUCUGCAGAUGAGGCCAUGCGGCACCAGUUCUUCCACAGUCUGGGAGAGCGAGUCCUCAAACUCCCGGACACAACGUCAAUAUUUGCACUAAAGGAGAUUCAGUUACAGAAAGAGACAGGGCUGAGGUCUGCCUCCCUGCCUGAAUCAGUGAAUGGGCAGAACGGACGACCAAGCCUGCUGCUUUGAAGCCCAUCGAUCUGAGUUGCUGGGGGAUGCGGAAUAGAAGCCCGCCGCCCCACCCUGCAGACAUCCCCACUGGCAGCAUCUUCAAAUCAGACUGUGGAGUGUGGACUCUUGCUGGGGUUCUGCGGGGAUGGCGUGGGGCGAGAGGGUCACAGUGCCUCCGUUCGAGGAGAAGUGCAUACCUGCCUCUGGCAUCUGGGCAGCCAGGCACUGACUGAUGCCCUCUUCUGCUGGGAUGGACUCUCUCUCUCUCUCUCCCUCUCUCCCCACCACCACCACCACCACCACCCUCCUCCUCCUCUCUCACACAUGGUGGUUCGUUUUAUUUUUUAAGUUUUAUUUUUUCAAUGCAAUAUUAUAAAUAUUAUAUUUGCAAAUAUCUAUAAAGAGAGACACCCCUUCCCCUAGACGCUCUCUGGUUGUGGGGAGUGUAUAGUAUUAACUGUGAGGGAGCCAGGCUCCCCACUCCAAUCCUGAUGGGAGCAGGAAGAGAUAAUAUGGGGAGAAAGAAGAAGGAAAUAGGGGCCACUGUGUCUGUAUAGCUCCCAGCCUCUGCACCCUGUAUAUCUGGAGGCAGGGAGGUACCAAUAAGAUUUUUUUUUAAAAAAAAAGAUGGUUGGAUCUUUAUUUCAUACGAAAUUUUUCUCUUUCCCAAUUGCAAUUGCCUUUUUGGGGUGGCCCUCAGUUUUCUUGAUGUGGAUGCUUAUUUCGGACCCCAGAUGUUGGCCAGGGGAAUCGAGUUUCCUCAGAAAUCUCUGGGAAACAUGAUCCUUAUUUUUUCUGCUCCCUCCUUUCUUCUGUGGAGUCAUUUGUCUGGUACGUUUCCUGAUGCAGGGAGUCCCCCUGUUGCUUUGGGUCAGAUUUGUAGCCCUCCAUGUUCUUCUCCUCACACCAAAGCUGAAUCUCUAUUUUUAUCUUGUUGGCAGCGUCUUCCUUAAGUCUUCACUUGGGUCUCACUCAGGCUCCUUCCUCCACCCCCUGCCACUGCACAUUUGGCCUGCCCGUGCUGUCAGUCUCAGCUGAGUUUCUCUGAAUCGAUUAGCCACGCCUUCGCAUUACUUGCUUAGUACUCAGGGUUUGCACUUAUUCCUUUGCCUUCAGAGGCAGAAUGCUCUGGGAACGGACACACAAGCCCAAAUCAUUUCAGCCAGACUUGUGUAUGGGACGUUCCUGGUGGAUCAUGCCUUCCGCACACAUAUAUACAACUGCCCCGCCAUUCUUACCUGCUGUUUGUUUCACAUUUCAUACAUCCAAACAACUGUUCUUAGUGGUAUCCAGCUAGACUUUUCUCUUGAGAGCAUAGCCCUUUCCAAGUCCUUAACUGGUCUUUCAUGCAAAUAUUCCUCUCACGUAUGUCUUGGUCUUGGUUCUUUUGUCACACAGACCCCUCCCCUCAUCAGCCUCCACACUCUUUAUCACUAUGACCUUGGCUAUGACGUCUUUACUUGGUUUCUUCUCAGUCCUUCCUGAAAUGGCUGCAUCCCGUAACCCCUUCUUUGUCCUGUGUCAGAAGUGAACCCACAGCCAUCGUGGGUUUAGUCAGCCCAUAGCUCAGCCUCACGGGGUUUAUUGUAUCAGAUAACUAUUUCAAGGGUUAAUUGGCUCUUUGCCCAGCCCUUUACUCAGCCAAAAUUAACUUUUCAACCUUUCAAAGGUUAACUGGUUCCUUUCCAGGCCUCCCUCAAAGGAGUUGGCCCUGAUUGCCUGAUCAGAUGUCCCUUUCAGAACUGUUGGACCCCACUGUGAGUCAGCUUAAAUGACUGUCCUUGUCUUUUUAUUCUGUUCUUUGGAACAUGGAAGCCAUCACCUCCCGAAACCCUACUAGCCAUUUA